AUCCUGAGGCGCCGGUCACAAGCGGCGGGGGCGGCCGCCCCGCUGCUGCUCCGUCCCUCCUGUCCCGUCCCGCCCCGUCCCGGUGGCGGAGCGCAGCCCAGCCCAGCCCAGGUCGCCGCUGAUGGAGGCGGGAGCCGGCGCUGAGACAGAGCCGCUGCUGUCCCCGCGGAGCUGGCUCCGGCGGGCCGAGGAGGCUACUGGAUUGGAUAAUGACCUUUAUAUAAAUCAAGCCGUAGUAUUUAUAGAAGACGCAAUACAGUAUCGAUCUAUAAACCAUCGUGUGGACUCUAAAUCCCUGUGGCUUUAUAGGUGGUAUUAUUCAAGAAUUUGCCAAUGCAUUUUGAGCUUGACCAUUACUAUAAUCCUGGCUUUGGCUUUCAUUGAAACACCUUCUUCGCUUACUAUCACAUCAGAUGUACGAUACCGCCUUCCUGCCUGGGAUCCUCCAUGUGGCCUAACAGAAAGCGUUGAGCUGCUUUGCUUCCUCGUGUUCAUAAUUGAUGUGUCUGUGAAGAGUUACUUAGUUGGAUGGGAAGAGUUUUGGAAAAAUAGAUGGCUGAUGGCUUAUAUCCUGACAUUAAUUGUUUCCCUUACUGACUGGGUUGUAUCGCUGAGUUUUUUCUGCACAGAGACUGUGAGAAUAAGAAGAAUUCUUCGUCCUUUCUUUCUCCUUCAGAAUUCUUCAAUGAUGAAGAAAACAUUAAAAAGUAUCAACAGCACAUUGCCUGAAAUGGCAAGCGUUGUUCUACUACUAGCUGUUCAUCUGUCUCUCUUUACCAUGUUUGCCAUGCUGCUGUUUGCUCGAACAAAGGAUGGCCAGCAGGAUAAGGAAUGGGUGGGGUAUUUUCGGAAUUUGCCCGAUUCACUGACAUCACUGCUGGUCUUGCUAACUACAGCAAAUAAUCCUGAUGUAAUGAUUCCAGCGUAUUCUAAGAACCGAGCUUAUUCAAUCUUCUUCAUACUCUUCACUGUAUUAGGGAACUUAUUUCUGAUGAACUUGCUUACAGCAAUAAUAUAUAACCAGUUUCGAGGAUACCUUCUGAAAUCAGUUCAGUCCUCCCUCUUCAGGAGACGGCUAGGAAUCCGGGCUGCAUUUGAAGUGCUUUCUUCCCUGAAAGAGGGUCCUGCUAACGCAGAACAGUCGUACGUCAGUGUUGGGGCCUUGCUUCAAGUGCUGCAGAAAGUUGAAAUGGAUUCUCGCUGCAAGCAAGCAAUCAUGAGGUCACUCAAAAUAUGUUCCGGUGACCAGCUGUCUGCCGCCCAGUUCCAGAAGCUCUUUGAAGAACUAGACAAAGAUGCCAUUAAGCAACAUCCUCCCAGUCCAGAGUACCAAUCCCAUUUUAUGCAGAAAGUGCAGUUUGCCUUUGGCCAUCCUUACUUUGGCUACUUGGGAAAUGUUGUAGCCCUUGCAAACAUUGUUUCUAUCUGUGUGGUUUUGGUGAUGGAUGCAGAUAAGCAGCCUUCUGAAAGAGAUGACUUCUUCUUGGGGGCUAUCAACUGCUUCUUCAUCCUAUACUAUCUGCUGGAAAUGUUGCUGAAAAUCUUGGCGAUGGGCUUGAAAAGAUACUUAUCGUACCCGAGCAAUAGGUUUGAUGGACUUCUGACUGCAAUUUUGCUGGUUUUGGAGAUUGCAACUUUUGCAGAGUAUGGAUUUCCUCAUCCUGGUUGGAGACCUGAGUUCAUGGGAUUGUUAUCGCUGUGGGAUAUGGUUCGAUUGGUGAACAUGCUAAUCGUUUUCAGGUUCCUGCGGAUCAUUCCUAAUAUGAAGUUCAUGGCUUUGGUUGUUACUACAUUGCUGGAUCUGGUAAAAAACUUGAGAGCCUUUGCAGGAAUCCUUGUGGUGGUUUUCUAUGCAUUUGCUAUAACUGGCAUAAUGCUAUUUAAAGGUGCUGUGGUCCCUAUGGGAAAUGUCAGCGUUGUCAAUACAACAUAUAAUAAUGGCACUGUGCAGUGUGGGACCUAUGAACAGCUGGAAUACUGGCCAAACAACUUUGAUGACUUUGCUGCAGCAGUGGUGACCCUCUGGGAUGUGAUGGUAGUGAACAACUGGCAAGUCUUUCUGGAAGCGUUCUCAAGAUACUCAAGUCCGUGGGCAAAGAUCUAUUUUGUAGCCUGGUGGUUGAUCUCAUCUGUCAUCUGGGUUAAUCUCUUCGUAGCUUUACUUCUAGAGAACUUUAUCCACAAGUGGGACCGUCGCUGUCAUCGGGAGUCUCUCUCAGAUAUUGAAUACCAGAGGACAGUUGAACUAAUGUUCAGAGAUGUUUUGGAAGAACCUACAGAGGAAGAGCUGAUGGAAAAACUACACCAGCAUCCACACCUGCACUUAUGUAGGUGACUGGUGGGAAGGACUGAUUUAUUUAGACCUCUGUUUUCUUGAGGUUGUCAGCUGGAAGAAACUGGAUGGAUUUUCUGUGAGGUGCUGUUAGGAGAGGCUUGCAGGACAGUAUGUAAGGUUUUGCUUGGUAAUUCUUUGCAGAAAGAAUUUUUUUUAUUGUUGGUUAGUAUCUUUUUUAAAAAAAAAGAUAUUUGAAUCUUUGCUAUUUUGACUUGGUUUUAAGUUGCAAUUUUAGAGGAAUAUUGCAGCUAUUAUUUUUAUAAACUGUUAGUACCUGAACAUUUUAUUUUCUUUUUUAAGAUGGUAAAGUGUUAAAAUGACAGUGCACUUUAAAACAUGAACUUUGUAACCACUAAGCCUGCUACUUUGAAAAGCACAAGAAAAUGGAGCUGCCUUUUAUGGUAGAGGAUUGUGGGGAGGGCUGUGCCCUGCAAUGCAGGAAUGGAUUAUGCAGGGCCAGAACAAAAUCCUUCACCUUUCCAUAGAGAGACUGAAACACUAUUUUUCUGAAAUGUGACACAAACCUAUCUUGCUAAAUUUACAGGAGUUAAUCACUUCAGAACACAAAUUCACUUUAUAUAAUCACAGGGAGUGUUUACUUCAAACCUCUUUCUUUGUUUUUGAUCUAGGGCUCAUACUAGUUGCACCAUGCUGGUAACUUUGAGCAUUUGUGGUUUUCAAUGUGAUAAAACCCAGCUCUACUUUAGAGUAGAUACUCUCUCAUGUUGCUUUUUAGUGAACUCUUCCUUUAUCUUCCUUCCAAGCCCUGUUCUACAUUGUAUCACGUUCCGUGAAAAAACUGAGGGGAAUGAACUUUGGCCAGAAGGUAGCCUCACAAUCACUGCAAGUCUCCCACUUAAAGGGAGGGCAAAAAAAAAAAAGCUGAAUGGGAUAAUCAAA